CCGUACGGAAGCCGACUGUGUUCAUGCUGAUCACCGGCUUGAUAGCAAGGCAUGCAAUCUCUGUCACAUUAGCAGCUAGCAGCAUAGCGCUCACAUAGAUCUCAAGAGAUCUGAAGUUUUCAGUAAAACAAAUCCUAGUUAUAUUAAGUUUAUGUUCGUCAUUUCAGCAUAGCUACAGGAUUGCCCAGAGAAACCUACGCUUGAUAACCCGGACUGACCAGGAUGGAAUGGCAACCAGAUGAACAAGGUCUGCAGCAAGUGCUCCAGCUCCUCAAGGACUCCCAGUCUCCAGACACAGCGACACAGAGAGCAGUACAAGAAAAACUGGAGCAACUUAACCAGUUUCCAGAUUUCAACAACUAUCUCAUCUUUGUACUGACAAGCCUCAAAUCUGAGGAUGAGCCCACUCGUUCCCUCAGUGGCCUCAUACUGAAGAACAACGUUAAGGCCCACUACCAGAACUUUCCUCCCAAUGUGGCUGACUUUAUCAAACGAGAAUGCCUCAACAACAUCGGUGACCCUUCGCCACUUAUCAGAGCUACAAUCGGUAUCUUGAUCACAACCAUUGCCUCCAAAGGCGAGCUGCAGACCUGGCCUGAACUGUUGCCGCAGCUUUGCAAUUUGCUGAACUCGGAGGAUUAUAACACUUGUGAGGGUUCCUUUGGAGCUUUGCAGAAGAUCUGUGAAGACUCGUCCGAGUUGUUGGACAGCGAUGCACUGAACAGGCCACUCAACAUCAUGAUUCCCAAGUUCCUGCAGUUUUUUAAACACUGCAGUCCCAAGAUCAGGUCCCAUGCCAUAGCAUGCGUGAACCAGUUCAUAAUUGGUCGAGCUCAGGCUCUGAUGGAUAUUAUUGACACUUUCAUUGAGAGUCUGUUUGCUCUGGCAGGUGACGAGGACAGCGAGGUGCGCAAGAAUGUGUGCAGGGCUCUCGUCAUGCUGCUGGAAGUCCGCAUAGAUCGCCUCAUUCCGCACAUGCACAGCAUCAUCCAGUACAUGCUGCAGCGUACCCAAGACCCAGAUGAGAAUGUGGCUUUGGAGGCCUGUGAAUUCUGGCUGACUUUGGCCGAACAGCCCAUCUGUAAGGAGGCCCUGUCUGGCCACUUGCUCCAACUCAUCCCAAUUUUGGUGAACGGGAUGAAGUACUCUGAGAUUGAUAUAAUUCUUCUAAAGGGUGACGUGGAGGAGGAUGAAGCCAUUCCAGACAGCGAGCAAGACAUCAAGCCUCGCUUCCACAAGUCCCGCACUGUCACUCUGCAGCACGAAGGAGGGGAGGGUGAAGAGGGAGAGGACAUUGAUGACGAUGACGAUGAUGACGACGAUACGCUGUCUGAUUGGAACCUACGGAAAUGUUCGGCUGCGGCAUUGGAUGUUUUGGCCAAUGUGUUUCGAGAGGAGUUGCUUCCUCAUCUCCUACCCCUGCUCAAAGGUCUGCUCUUCCACCCCGACUGGGUCAUCAAAGAGUCUGGCAUCCUGGUUUUGGGGGCCAUAGCUGAGGGAUGCAUGCAGGGUAUGGUACCCUACUUGCCUGAGCUCAUCCCCCACCUCAUCCAGUGUUUGUGUGACAAGAAGGCCUUGGUCCGUUCCAUCGCCUGCUGGACCCUGAGUCGUUACGCUCACUGGGUGGUCAGCCAGCCACCUGACGCUCACCUCAAACCUCUCAUGACCGAGCUCCUCAAACGCAUCCUGGAUGGCAAUAAGAGGGUACAGGAGGCAGCCUGCAGUGCGUUUGCCACCCUGGAGGAGGAGGCAUGCACAGAGCUGGUACCUUACUUGAGCUUCAUCUUGGACACGUUGGUGUUUGCUUUUGGGAAGUACCAGCACAAGAACCUGCUCAUCCUUUAUGAUGCCAUAGGAACGCUGGCAGACUCUGUGGGGCAUCAUCUGAACCAGCCUGAGUACAUCCAGAAGUUGAUGCCUCCGCUGAUCUCCAAGUGGAAUGAGCUGAAGGAUGAAGAUAAAGAUCUCUUCCCAUUGCUUGAGUGUCUGUCAUCAGUAGCUACAGCUCUGCAGAGUGGCUUCCUCCCGUACUGUGAGCCCGUCUACCAGCGCUGUGUCACGCUUGUCCAGAAGACUCUGGCACAGGCCAUGAUGUACAGUCAGCAGCCAGAUCAGUAUGAGGCACCUGACAAGGACUUCAUGAUCGUGGCUCUGGAUCUCCUGAGCGGCUUGGCUGAGGGACUGGGCGGUCAUGUGGACACACUCGUGGCUCGCAGCAACAUUAUGACUCUGCUCUUCCAGUGCAUGCAGGAUACAAUGCCUGAAGUAAGACAGAGUUCAUUCGCUUUGCUGGGUGACUUGACGAAGGCUUGCUUCCCGCAUGUCAAACCUUGCAUUGCUGAAUUCAUGCCUAUCCUAGGGACCAACCUGAACCCAGAGUUUAUCUCCGUCUGUAACAAUGCGACCUGGGCCAUCGGAGAGAUCUGUAUGCAGAUGGGCGUGGAGAUGCAACCGUACAUUGCUAUGGUUCUGAGCCAGUUGGUUGAGAUUAUAAAUCGACCCAACACCCCUAAGACCCUACUGGAGAACACCGCAAUCACCAUCGGUCGGCUGGGCUAUGUGUGUCCCCAGGAAGUCGCACCCAUGCUGCCUCAGUUUAUCCGACCUUGGUGUACAUCACUGCGCAACAUUCGAGACAAUGAGGAAAAAGACUCUGCUUUCCGCGGGAUUUGCAUGAUGAUUGGUGUGAAUCCUGGAGGUGUUGUGCAGGACUUUAUCUUCUUCUGCGAUGCAGUGGCUUCUUGGGUGAACCCCAAAGAUGAUCUGAGAGAUAUGUUCUAUAAGAUCCUUCAUGGUUUCAAGGAGCAGGUUGGAGAGGAGAACUGGCAACAAUUUUCGGAGCAGUUCCCCCCUCUACUGAAGGAGCGACUGGCAGCCUGCUACGGUGUUUAGAGCCUCCACACCCAACCAAGAGGUGAGCCAGCAGGAGGAGGGUGAUUGGGAAACUCAUCCAUCUGUGUAUUGCACUGCCCUGAUCUGGGGGGAGGGAGAGGGACGCUAUUGGCCGCUCCCCCUGAUGGACGGCCCCCACGCCCUUAUGUGUUUGUCCAUAGAGGGAGGG